GCUCCGUCGGCACGGCAGCUUGCUCCAGCCCACGCCACGCGCUACGUCGUCGCGGUCGAUCCUCCCGUGAGGCAGCCGUGUCGCUAGGCACCGCCUAUUUCUCGAACAAAGUCGCUCGCUACCAUGGCGGCAGCAUCCGCCGCCGAAGCUAACAGCGUGAGCAAUGACGAAUUCCUCGUACGCGACGACGUGCCGGGGCUGCUCGCCGCUCUCAAGGAGAUGAAGGACGGACUGGACCUCGUCAGGGGCAAGGUCGAGGCCAUCACCCGGAAGGUCAAGGCGAACCAGUUGCCGGCGGGCAACGGGAUCGGGUACCUAGAAGCGAAGAACCACAUGCUUCUUGGCUACUGCCAGGACAUCGUCUACUACCUGCUCCGCAAGACCAAGGGGCUCUCGGUGGAUGGCCACCCCGUUGUACGGAGCCUUGUCGAGAUUAGGCUGUUUCUGGAGAAGAUUCGUCCGAUUGACAAGAAGGCAGAGUACCAAAUCCAGAAGCUCACCAAUGCCGCUGACAAUGCAACUGCUCGAGAGAAGGCAGGAAAUGCAGAGGUGAAGGGGAAGGACGGGCAUUCGGAUGAGGAAGACCUCCUGAUGUAUAGGCCAAACCCAGAGAUGAUGGACACAAAGCCUGGUCCUGAUGGGCAGGACACUGAUGGUGUUUACCGUCCUCCAAAAUUUAUGCCUACUAGCAUGGAUGAUGAAGAGAAACGUCAUAAAAAAGAUUCAAGGAGAGAUAAAGCGAUAGCCCGAGUGGCAACAGAAAAUCCUUAUAUUAAAGAGAUAAUUGAUGAUGCUGCAGAUAGACCUGAAGAGUGGAAGGAAACAGUGGGCGAUGAAAGCAGGGAAUUUGGGAGGUACAUGAGACAGAGAGAGGAGCAAGAGAAGCAGGAAGAGGAGUUGUUCACUCGGGCUCCUGUUACUAAACGUGAUAAGCAGAUGGAGAAGCGCAUAAGGAGACAACUUCAUGGGCUAGGAGGCUUAACUGACGGUUUCGACCUUGGGAUGAACAUGCUGUUGGGAGGAGACAAGGAAGAUGAUGGCGGUUCAAGCAAACCGCACGGCAAGAGCGGAAACCGAAAGAAGCAUCUGAAGAGCAGCAAGAAGAGGAAGAGGCAUUAGCCUGGACCCACAGUCCCACACUGCUGUAAGCCUGUAACACUUCAACAUACUGAUAAAGCCUAGAAGACGGUUCAAGCAAGCCACACAGAAGCUGAAGAAAAUACCAAGAAACCAAGUAGAGAAGAGGCUUUGGUUCCUCAAAAGUGUAGGAAAAUAUGAUCUGAGCGACUGAUCCUGAGCCAUUGGAACAGUAUAAAUUAGGGCUUGUUCGUUUUGCUCUCAAUCCAUAUGGAUUGACCGUGAUUGAGUGGAUUUCAAACCCGAAUAAGUCAAAAUCCUUCAUAAUUUUUCCAAUACCAUCCAAUCCACAUGUAUUUGAAAUAAUCGAACAAGACCUUAUAUGGCUUGAACGUGGUAGGGUAGCAAAUUUUGUUCAUUGUAGAGUAUCCCAGAUGUGAUAAUUGUUUCCCCG